UAUGAAAGCUGGGUUCAGUGGAGAGAAACAGCUUCCUACCGUGACGAUCCCAUGUCGUGAUGACGUUCUGCUGGGCGAUUUUGUUGUGGAGAGAGUUCAGGAAGAAAGACUUCCUACCGUAAAUCUUGAUUCUCUGAAAGAGGUUCUUCUCAUGCGCAAUGAGCAUUUUACCUGCUCAGAGGGUUUGUUUCAUCCUCAUCACUUUGGUAAACGUCAGAGUGGAAUCCACCACGCGGUGUGCCGAGCCAUCGUGUCACAACCCAUAGAUAAACAAGCCGCACUUUACGAAUCCAUACUUUUGUGCGGCGGCACCACAUUGCUGAAGUCGUUUCCGGAAAGAUUGUCGACCGAAAUUGCCAAUUUUAUGAAGGUCAGAACGCCUGUCAAAGUCAUUGCUCAUGAGGGUCGUGAACACAGCGUAUGGUUGGGAGCGAAUAAGUGGUAUACCGAAAAGGGAUCCACUAACCGCGAUAUAUUUCGUAAAUCCCAGUAUCUCGAAACCGGCGAAGACAUUAUAAGAAGAACAAGUAGAAGAAAGAAUGAUACAGCUUCUUUGCACUUUUAAGACAAAGCGUUAUAAUAGUAUUGUCUAUUAUCAUAAACUGGAACGGUGUGGUUACUGUCAGUACAAUGGUUGUGUUCAAUAGUUAAUUAUUUAGAGUUAUUCCAUAUAUGCAAAGCUAUAGAUUGUCAAA